AUGGCCGGACCAUGUGUAGGCAAGAACGCUUUCCAACAGGGAUUGAAAGUCGUUGACUGUGGAGAUGCCCCUCUGACCGUCCUAAGCACACGAGCACGGUAUCCCGCGCAUCAUACUGUAACUCUCGGCGGCGAUCAUACGACUACGCUGCCAGCAUUGAGAUCCACAUACAACCAUUGGGGACCAGUUUCUGUCAUUCACUUCGACAGUCAUCUAGACACUUGGGAUCCCGAUGUUCUGGGAGCGGGUCUAUCUCAUUAUGCUGGCGUAAACCAUGGCACAUUCUUGCACAUCGCGCAUGAGGAGGGUUUAAUCAAAAACUCAUCGAUCCACGCAGGAAUCAGAGCGCCAGUCUCGAACAAGAAGUACGAUUUCGCCAACGACAAGGCCUGUGGCUUCCACAUCCUGAAGGCCCGACAUCUCGACAGAAUUGGCACUGCCGGCAUCAUUAAGACGUUGAAGGAUCGAGUAGCUGGCUCGAAAGUCUACAUUAGUGUCGACAUCGACGUGCUGGACCCAGCGUAUGCGCCAGCGACAGGAACUGCUGAAGUGGGAGGCUGGACCACGAGAGAGCUUUUGACGAUCCUGGAUGGCCUGAGCGGCAUCGAAGUUGUUGGGGCUGAUUUCGUCGAGGUCGCACCGAUAUACGACAGCCCAGGCGAAACUACAGUACUGGCUGCAGCUGAAGUCGUGCAUUCGCUCAUUCAGCUGAUGGCCGAUAAGCCUAUGGAGUCGAUGCGGAAGGACGAACUCUGA